GACUCUCAGACUCUCAGACUCUCAGACUCUCAGACUCUCAGACUCCCAGCAUGGACUGACGUCUCGGCUUCAGCUCCAGCGGCAGAAGAACCUGCUCCAGUGGAAGCCACGGUGUGACAGAUCCUCAGGCUUUGUGAAAGAUACGCCACUCAUCGUCAAGCACCAUGCCGGCCCACCGCAGGGGGCGGAGCCUCUCCGAGGCGUUGACCCUGGAGGAGUCCGAGCAGGGCGGCCUGGUCAUCUCCGGGAUCAGCAGCCCCGCACACAACCAGGACCUGAAGGAAGGGGAUGAAAUUUUAGGCGCAACAAUAAAUUUUGAUCAACUGUCAAAAGAGGAGGUGCUAAAAGUAUUGAAACUGAUGGAACCAUUUGAUGACAAAAUCCACGUCCUCACUCGGGGCGGCCUGAGCAAGAGUGUUGACAAUUUGGACCAGCGUGGACGGAGUCCUGAGGCGAUGCUGAAGGAUUCCUACAGUAAACUCUACAAUGCCAAAGUAAGGAAGUUUAUGAAGGGUGACUCCUCUGGGGAGGAGAGUUCUGCCUCAUCCACGAUUGGCUUCAAACAUGACACGGGGUUGCCUCGUCUUGGAGUUGACUUUGGACUCCUGAAAUCAAAGACGGAUGCUGAUGCUGAUCCACAAGCUGAGGCCAGAGAAUUAACAUACGGCAGCAAUAUGAACCUUCCACCAAUGGGCCUUGGAUUGAAUGAUAUUGCUCUACGUGAUUCUGAUGUCCCGGGAGCAAAAAUUAAUAGACGAAGCCCGCAGCUCAAUGCUCCAGACUUCCCUCUAUCUGGGACAUCGCCAGAUUGCUCAGAUAUUGACACUACAGCUGCCAUGCACUUGCCAAGUGCUUCAGAUGACUUGACUAAAGAGUUCAGGAAGGAAGACAUCACAGGUGUAUCUGGAAAAUACAAGGCUCCCAAGUUUGUGAUGCCCAAAUUUGAUUUACCAGACAUUCCAGUGCCAGACCUAAAUGGAGACUUGGGGCCACCAGAUGUGCAGCUGACCGCACCAGAUCUUAAAGGUGGAAUAGUGCUCCCAGAUACUGCCUUAGGUGUGCCAUCAAGUGACCUGGAAAUCAGAAGCCCAUCUGGAAAACUCAAAAUGCCGAGAGGUCAAUACAGGAGUGAUACAGGAGUAAAUAUACCUGACCUAGGCGUUUCUGGUCCCAGUUUCAAAGCUGGAAUAAAUUCACCAGACACAGAUCUGCCUAAGGCAAACAUUGAAACUCCCAAAUUGGGCUUCAAAUCCCCAGAUGUCAACUUAGACAUGCCAUCAGGGAAACUGAAAAUGCCCAAAUUCAGCCUCCCACACCUGAAAGGACCUAAACUUGAUGGCAACUUGGAUGGGCCAGACAUAAAUGUAAAUGCACCCAAUAUGGACUUCAAAGGUUCUAAACCUGACCUAGAUAUAGAUACACCUGACCUAGGUAUUUCUGGUCCCGAUCUUGGUGCCGGCAUAAAUCUGCCUAAGGUAGACCUUAAAACCCCCAAACUGGACUUCAAAACCCCAGAUGUCAACUUAGACAUGCCAUCAGGGAAACUGAAAAUGCCAGAACUUCAAGGUCCAGACUGGGAUGUUGAUGCUCCAUCAGGAAAAUUGAAAAUGCCCAAAUUUAGUCUUUCAGGUACAUUGCCAAAAAGACCAAAUCUGGAUUUGGAUGCAGAUCUGAAAUCCCCAGAUUUGCAUCUAAAAGCUCCAAAGAUAAAGGGUAAAAUGAAUGCCCCAGAUUUGGACUUGCCAAACAUGGACCUUAAAGCUCCCAAUUUAGAUGUGAACACUCCAGAUGUCAACAUUGGCUCACCAAAAACAAAGUUGAAACUUCCCAAAUUUAAAAUGCCCAAAUUCAGCGUCCCACACCUGAAUGGACCUGAAUUUGAUGGCAACUUGGAUGGCCCAGACAUAAAUGUAAAUGCACCCAAUAUGGACUUCAAAGGUUCUAAACCUGACCUAGAUAUAGAUACACCUGACCUAGGUAUUUCUGGUCCCAGUCUUGGUGCUGGCAUAAAUCUGCCUAAGGCAAACCUUAAAACUCCCAAACUGGACUUCAAAACCCCAGAUGUCAACCUAGACAUGCCAUCAGGGAAACUGAAAAUGCCAGAACUUCAAGGUCCAGACUGGGAUGUUAAUGCUCCCUCGGGAAAACUGAAAAUGCCCAAAUUUAAUCUUUCAGGUACAUUGCCAAAAGGACCAAAUCUGGAUCUAAAUGCAGAUCUGAAAUCCCCAGAUUUUAGUCUAAAAGCUCCAAAGAUAAAGGGUAAAAUGAAUGCCCCAGAUUUGGACUUGCCAAACAUGGACCUUAAAGCUCCCAAUUUAGAUGUGAGCACUCCAGAUGUCAACAUUGGUUCACCAAAAACAAAGCUGAAACUUCCCAAAUUUAAAAUGCCCAAAUUCAGCCUCCCACACCUGAAAGGACCUGAAUUUGAUGGCAACUUGGAUGGCCAAGACAUAAAUGUAAAUGCACCCAAUAUGGACUUCAAAGGUGCUGGCAUAAAUGUGCCUAAGGUAGACCUUAAAACUCCCAAACUGGAAUUCAAAACCCCAGAUGUCAACUUAGACAUGCCAUCAGGGAAACUGAAAAUGUCAGAACUUCAAGGUCCAGACUGGGAUGUUGAUGCUCCCUCAGGAAAACUGAAAAUGCCAAAGUUUAAUCUUUCAGGGACAUUGCCAAAAGGACCAAAUUUGGAUCUAAAUGCAGAUCUGAAAUCCCCAGAUUUUAGUCUAAAAGCUCCAAAGAUAAAGGGUAAACUGAAUGCCCCAGAUUUGGACUUGCCAAACAUGGACCUUAAAGCCCCCAAUUUAGAUGUGAACACUCCAGAUGUCAACAUUGGCUCACCAAAAACAAAGCUGAAACUUCCCAAAUUUAAAAUGCCCAAAUUCAGCGUCCCACACCUGAAAGGACCUAAACUUGAUGGCAACUUGGAUGGCCCAGACAUAAAUGUAAAUGCACCCAAUAUGGACUUCAAAGGUUCUAAACCUGACCUAGAUAUAGAUACACCUGACCUAGGUAUUUCUAGUCCCAGUCUUGGUGCUGGCAUAAAUCUGCCUAAGGCAGACCUUAAAACUCCCAAACUGGGCUUCAAAUCCCCAGAUGUCAACUUAGACAUGCCAUCAGGGAAACUGAAAAUGCCAGAACUUCAAGGCCCAGACUGGGAUGUUAAUGCUCCCUCUGGAAAACUGAAAAUGCCCAAAUUUAAUCUUUCAGGUACAUUGCCAAAAGGACCAAAUCUGGAUCUAAAUGCAGAUCUGAAAUCCCCAGAUUUUAGUCUAAAAGCUCCAAAGAUAAAGGGUAAAAUGAAUGCCCCAGAUUUGGACUUGCCAAACAUGGACCUUAAAGCUCCCAAUUUAGAUGUGAGCACUCCAGAUGUCAACAUUGGUUCACCAAAAACAAAGUUGAAACUUCCCAAACUAAAAAUGCCCAAAUUCAGCCUCCCACAUCUGAAGGGGCCUAAAUUUGAUGGCAACUUGGAUGGGCCAGAUAUAAAUGUAAAUGCACCCAAUAUGGACUUCAAAGGUUCUAAACCUGACCUAGAUAUAGAUACACCUGACCUAGGUAUUUCUGGUCCCAGUCUUGGUGCUGGCAUAAAUCUGCCUAAGGCAAACCUUAAAACUCCCAAACUGGACUUCAAAACCCCAGAUGUCAACUUAGACAUGCCAUCAGGGAAACUGAAAAUGCCAGAACUUCAAAGUCCAGACUGGGAUGUUAAUGCUCCCUCAGGAAAACUGAAAAUGCCCAAAUUCAGCGUCCCACACCUGAAAGGACCUAAAUUUGAUGGCAACUUGGAUGGACCAGACAUAAAUGUAAAUGCACCCAAUAUGGACUUCAAAGGUUCCAAACCUGACCUAGAUGGGGAUUUUUCUGGUCCUUUUGGGAAAUUUAAAAAGCCAAACUGGACCUUUCCUGAUGUAGGGUUUUCUAGUCCAGAGUUGGAUGAGCCUAACCUCAACCUGAGAUCCCCUGACCUCGGUAUCCCUGGUGCUGGAGGAAAUGCACCAGACAUAAAUAUGCCAAAGAUGGGCUUUAAAACUCCCAAACUGGACCUCAAAACUCCCAAAGUCAACAUGCCGUCAGGGAACAUGCCAAAGAUAAAAGGUGAGAUCAAUGCUCCUGAUCUAAACUUGCCAAACAUGAACCUUAAAGCUCCCACGUGGGAUGUGAAAACUUCUGAUGUCAGCAUUGGCUCACCAAAAACAAAACUGAAAAAGCCUAAAGUGAAUGUACCGAGCCUAAAAAGCCCUGAAAUUGAUGGUAAUCUUGAUGGCUUUGAAGUUCCAGAUGUUGACUUUGGAGAUCCAUCAGGAAAACUUAAAAUACCCAAUUUUAAAUUUCCCGAUGUUGGACUUUCUGGACCAAAGUUGGACAGCUCAGAACUUGAUCUCAAUUUACCAGAGCCUAGGGUGCAGUUAGGAAAAGGAUUGAAAUUAGACCCAGAUUCCUCCGACAUGAGUUUACCAACUAUGGAUAUCAAAGGCUCCAAAACUGGCUUUGAAGUACCAGAUGUUGAUUUCAGCAGCCGAUCAGGGAAAUUUAAAAUGCCACAUUUGAAAAUUCCUGAUGUAGGAUUUUCUCGUCCAAAGUUGGAUAGCCCGAAUCUUGAACUCAGUUCAGCAAAUCUUGAUGCCCAGUUACCAAAAGAACCAACUUGGAAGUUAAAUUCAGAUGUAAAAGCUACCGAUUUUAGUGUCAAGGCUCCAAAGAUGAAAGGUGGACUUGAUUCACCUGAGCUGGGCUUGCCGCACCUCAAAGCUCCCACGCUGGAUGUGAACACUCCAGAUGAUCUACAAAUAAAUGGUAAAUUAGGGCAACCACACAUGAAUAUUGGCCCUCAAGUCAAAGGAGAUUUAAGAGGUCCAGACUUUGAUGCAAAUGGUCCCUCAAUACAUGGUCAUCAGACUGAUAAUAAUUUGGCAGACAGAAAAUUUAAACUCCCCUCUUUCAAGAUGCCUGAGUUUGGAAGUCCAGACCUUAAAAAUGUAGGGUCUGAUGUUGACUUUGGCACACCACUGAGGUCAACAAACUUUGAUAUUUCUCCUCCAAAUGCAAAACUGAACAUAAAACCUGGAGAGCCGACGGCAAGAAUCACAGGUCCAAGGGUCAGUCCAAACAUGGGUGGCACCAUUCCCAAAGCUACAAUGCGUAAUCCACAGCCGCAUCUCCAAUCCCCAGAUCUUAACCUUGACAAUCCUUCACUGAAAAGAUUCUCCAAUGAGUAUCACGGAUCAAAUAUGAAAAGUAUGAGCAUGAAAAAGCCUGACCUGGACAUAGAUAAUCCCAUGAGACUUCAUACUAGUAGAAACUCUCCCGGAGCCAAAGUAAGGUCCAGCUACCCUGCAGUGGAUUAUGCUUUGAGGCAAGACAUUGAUUUCAGUCGUGCAGACCUCAACAUAGAUGAUUUCACAGAAAGAGAUCACGUGCUUAGAGCCAGGGGUUCAAAACUGGACCUGCAGGAACCACAACUCUAUGGUGAUGUGACUGGUAACGUCGACAUGAGGAACUCCAGAAACACCGGGCGAAGUCCAGCGGGCAACAAUGACCACAGGGUUCACUUGCCAAGUUUUUCCCAAAGUUCUCCAUUAAGGGUACCUGACGGUUCAGGUGGAUACGUCGUCACUGUUUUCCCAACCAAAACUGAAAGUCCCAAACUUCCAAACCGCAAAUACAACACGAUAGGAAGGCUGGACUUUCAACCAGGAAACCUGGACCUUGAGGUUCCAAAUCAAAAUGAUCUAAACCAAACAACAUUCUUUUUAUCCAACUUUGUAUAACCCCAUGUAUAUUUAGUGUGGGUUUGGUUGAAUUAUUUAUUGUGAUUGUUUCUAUUUUGUAUGCUUUAUAAUUUGUAAGGAAAUGUUGUUUUGCCUUAUUUGUUUUUUUUUUUUAAUAAAAAUACCCAGAUUAUAACUAUGCAGUCUGGCAAAUUCUUGCACUUAUUUUAUAAAGGAAAACAUUUGUAUAAUUUGUAACAUUUUAAGCUUAUUCCAAGCAAUGCUCGUUUGAAAGAAGAUUUUUUUGUUUUUGUACAUUUUGUUAAAACUGAAGGAGAAACAUGUAUAGAUUUAUUGGUAAUUAUUCAAAGAUCAAAGGAAUGGAGACUUUUUAUUUAGUUUUAGAAAACUAAACUGUAAGAUAUUCCAGUCUCUUAUAUCUUACUUUUUAAUGGAAUAUUUCAACU